CUUUUUUUUUCCUUGAGAGCUCAAGAUCUUGCAAUCUAUUAAUAGUACCAGCCCAUCCCAUGGGAGGAUUAGUCCAUGUGUGAUGUAUGAUUCCCAAGAAAAAAAAUCCCCCGCAUGUAUGAAGCAUGUUUAACCGUUUCUCUUCCAGUCAGUCUCCUCCCUCAGGUGUCUGUCACAAUUUGGCUAUAUAUUAAGACACGAGAUGGUCCAGAAAUAUGCACUUGUCUCUUCUGAACUCUUCAGCAAGAUAACAAGAAGAAUUCUCCUCUCAGAGGUCUCAUCUACGUCCACUGAGUCCAUUGAACCAGCAGCAUCUUCUACUCCUGAGGACCGACUCUUCCUUUCUCUCCAGCCAGAAGACUUCAGCAGCUUGUCCACCAGCAUGACUCCUCGAUCUCUCCUCAUGUCCGUCCUGGUUCUCUUGUCGUUCUUCAGCAAUGCUUGGUCCACUCCAACUUGCAACAACCAGUGCUGUCGUUUUGUGGAGAGCUUCCUUGUCAGGCUCAGGAAGCUGCGAGAGGACUAUUCCCAGAUCAGAGACUUUUAUGAGGCAAAUGAUGACCUGGACGAAGCGCUGCUAGACCAGUCAGUCGAGGACUCUUUUAAAAGCCCGUUUGCCUGCCACACCAUGAACAGCAUACUGGAGUUUUACCUGAGCACGGUUCUGCCGACAGCCAUGGCCGAAGUGACGGAGGACACCAAUGACCUAAAGCCCCACAUGGAGUUUCUGUGGGGGGCUUCUGCAUCAGAAGUCAAGAAGCUGCCAGAGGACUUUUCCCAGGUCAAAGACUACUAUUUAAGUAGAGGAGAACAGAUGAUUUUACUGUGUAUUGUGUAUUUGUUUCAUGUAAUAGUUAAUACAUAUACCUCAGGUUGUUGUGUCUCUGUAGGUCAUUCACAGGAAAUCCUUUCCCUUCUGUGCAUCCGCCCAACCAGAGAUCAGUACUGGGUGUGCCUGGGUGAGUGA